AUGCUGAUAAAGCAUGGAAGCGAUAUGCAGGUGGUUGAUAGAUAUAAAGAGGAUCCUCUUCAUUCGGCUAUGAUGCUUGAACAAGCAUUUUAUUAUUGUUACUUUUUAGCCAAACCAAUUACAUUAACCACAACAGCAUCCUUUUGGAUAUGUAAUCCCACCGACUCCAUCGCCAUUCCCUAUAGAUCUACUGCUUCAUACAACUUCUUUUUCUUGUAUAUGUUCCACCUUACAGUCGAUUUUGCUCUCCAUAGGAUUGCUUCAAUCGAUUUAGAAGAGGUCACAACAGGUGGAGAUCAAAUACGGUCUAAACCUAAAUCGGGAAAGAUGGCGGCGCUUGACAGUUUUUGA